GAAAUUUAGGGUUAUUGUGAAGUUAGCAGUAGAAUAACAUUAGGCCUUUGUGAAAGAAACAAGAGUAAAACGAAAAAAUAGGCUAUUUAAAAUUUAUUACGUUUAGUGUUAAGCCUAUACCCCAUCUGUGGUUUAAAGUGUGAUUUCUUUGAUAAGUGAUUUUUAUUUCUCUGUUGUUUGUUUUUAUUUAACUUUUUAAAAAUUCAAUUUUAAGUGAUAAGGUCUGAAAAACUGAUCACUGAUAUUAGUAGUAAUAAAUAAAAAUAAUAUCAAAAACUUGUACUUUUUUCGUAGAACGAUAAAUCAAAUUUCAACUAUUUGAGUUCCUUAAUAUUAGUAUUACUAUUAGGCUCAAUACCGUAUACGGGACUAGUUUAUCCAUUACUUGAACUUUGAAGUUGAUGUCGUCUCAUAAUUUUAAUGGAUUCAAGUUGUGCACAGAAUAAUUGAAACAGAAAAUGGACAGUUUGUGAGAGAUGUAGAACCCAAAACAUCAGAACUACAGGAAAUGUUUCCGCAGUGAUGAAGCUAGGAUGAUACCAUCUCUAAUAAGGAGGAGAUUUACAUACAUGCCAAGAGACGUGAGAAUUUUCUUAUAUAAAGAUGGUAGUUGACUUGCCAAGUACUGGGACUAUGCAGACACCUUCCUUCUGCCACUGGCUGACUGCCAUGCGUCUUUCACGUCUUAUUGGACUCUUGCUUGUGGUUUUGGUCAUAGUUCCACUUAUUACACACUAUUACCUAUCUAAGUUUGUAGGAGAGUUGCAAAAUUCAGAUGGACAUCAAAAAGGUAUUGAGAUAGAGGAUUUAAACAGUUUGAAGUUGGGAGACCUUAAAUCACGCAUUGAAGAAAUGCUGAGAAUAAAGACUUCUGUUAGUAAUGAACUACGAUCUUUGGAAAGUCAUAGACAGAAACUUCAGGCAGAAAUAACAACUAUUAAUCAGAAACUAGAAAAAAUGAAAACUGAAUAUGGACGACUGGAAGUUGAACUACAGAAAUUGAGACUAUCUGUUGAACAAGCUCAGUAUGAGCAGAAAGAAGCAUUGGAGAGAAAUAUACCUCACAUUGCUGCACCAAACAAAAUCCUCCCAUCUCUUCUGGAUAAUGUAAUCUUGGAUGUUCCAUCUUUGAAUAAAGUUAAAACCUGUAGAAUGCAUUCAUGUUUUGAUUAUUCUAGGUGUUCUGUUGCUUCAGGUUUCCCUGUUUACUUUUAUCACCCAGAUGAUUAUCGUCUCUCCUGGAACCAAUUACAAAAAAUUGUAAAAAAAGCUGUGACUGAGUCUUUAAAUACAAAUAUUCAUGUAACCUUUGAUCCAAUGAUAGCUUGUAUAUUUGUUGUGUUGGUAGGACAGGUUGAGGUAGGAAAUUACAAUAAAUUGUUUCUUGAAAAAUACUUACAUAGUUUGACACAUUGGGGUGGAGAUGGUCGAAAUCACAUUCUUCUGAAUUUGGCAUCAUCUUCCAAUACAAGUGAUAUAUUUACUGGUGUAAAUACUGGACGUGCAAUAAUUGUUCAAUCACAUUUUUUAUCAAGUUCAUUUCGAGAUCGAUUUGACAUUAUUGUUCCUCCACUGAUUCUUCAUACUUCACAACAAGAAAUCUGGAGAGAGGUACCACUUCUUUCUCCUGCCAGAAGGAAAUAUCUUUUAUCAUUUCAGGGUGAACAGAAAAAUCAAUUGAUCAAUUCUCAUUUUAAAUAUGUGCAGCAUUUACAAAGUCAUAAUAAAAGUUACUAUAGUAAUGAUUUGACUGGAAUUUCUCCUUUGCAAGAAGAUGUGGAUUCUUCUCUAGUAAAUUCAAGGAGACUUAUGAAAGUUGAAUAUUCUAGUGACAGUUCUGAUAAUCAAGUGAUUAAUGUUCUGAAACAGAUGAUAUCUGAUACAACAAAUGAUAAAUUUUGGUUUGAGUUUUCUUGUCCAAAAGGUACUCUUGAUGGUGAGAUAAGUGAAUGGUUACUGUGUGCUGAUCAGACUCGUGAAGAAAUGCUCAAGGACUCUACUUUCACUUUGAUUCUUUCUCCACUCAGCUAUAAUAUUGUUUCUAGUGUUCACUUACAAUUUCGACUGUUUGAAGCUUUUAAAAAUGGAGCUAUUCCAGUGAUUUUAGGAAAUUAUAUUAGACUGCCAUUUGAUGAAUUUGUAGACUGGAAGCAGGCUGUACUUGAGCUGCCCAAGGCAAGAGUUACUGAACUUCAUUACAUAUUAAGAACCUUUACAGAUUCAGACAUACUUCUUAUCAAGAACAAAGGUCGGCUUCUUUGGGAGCGAUAUUUAUCAACAACACAACAAGUAAUUGAUACCACAUUGGCAUUACUUCGAAGUCGUAUUGGCAUUCCAGCUGUUGCAGUUAGAGAUGAACCAUCUCCAAGUGUUUUUAAUGAAACAUUUAAACCUCUGAAGUUAACAACAUUUGUGCUAACAGAUUCAGAAGUAGAUGAAAGUCUUGGUCCGCUUGAACCUCCUUUUCCUUCACCAACUUUUCGACGAAAUUAUAGCAUUCCUUUAACUCAGCAGGUUUACCUAUGGAAUAAUUUGGUUAAUCCAUUUUUCUUGUAUCCACAUACGCCUUUUGAUCCUGUUUUGCCAUCAGAAGCUAAGUUUACAGGUUCUGGAUAUGGAUUCAGACCAAUUCGCCAAGGGGAGGGUGGAGCAGGAAAGGAGUUCAGUGAAGCUCUUGGUGGGAAUGUUCCACGAGAACAAUUUACAGUUGUGAUGCUCACCUAUGAAAGAGAAACAGUAAUGAUAGACUCUUUACAAAGAUUAAAAGGUUUGCCAUACCUUAACAAAGUUAUAGUGGUAUGGAACAGCCCAAAACCUCCCAUACCUGAGCUGAGGUGGCCAGAAAUUGGAGUACCGAUUCAUGUGAUCAAAUCCCAAAAAAACAGCUUAAAUAAUCGUUUUUUACCAUAUGUUGCAAUUGAAACAGAAGCUAUUCUGUCAGUUGAUGAUGACGCCCACUUACGGCAUGAUGAAAUAAUAUUUGGUUUCAGAGUUUGGCGAGAGGAAAGAGACAGAAUAGUAGGUUUUCCCGGCCGUUACCAUGCCUGGGAUCCUCACCAUGGAGGAUGGCUGUACAACUCAAACCACUCUUGUGAGCUGUCCAUGGUGUUAACAGGAGCUGCUUUCUUUCACAAGUAUUAUGCCUAUUUGUACACUCAUCUCAUGCCCCAGGCCAUCAAGGAUAAAGUGGAUGAAUACAUGAAUUGUGAAGAUAUAGCUAUGAACUUUCUAGUCUCACAUGUAACUCGCAAACCCCCGGUAAAGGUAACGUCUCGAUGGACAUUCAGAUGUCCUGGCUGCCCAAUAUCCCUUUCUGAGGAAGACUCUCAUUUUCAAGAAAGACACAAAUGCAUUAAUUUCUUUGCCCAAGUGUAUGGAUACAUACCUCUGCUCAACACUCAAUUUCGUGUAGAUUCAGUUUUGUUUAAAACUCGAAUCCCACAUGAUAAGCAGAAAUGUUUUAAAUUUAUUUAAUACCUUCAAAGUCUAAUAGAAAUAAUACUUAUAAAAGUUGAAAUCAAAGAAACAUACUGUGAAGAAUUUGAAUGUAUGUCUUUUCGUAAUUUAUAAAUAUUUUGCAUAUUUGUGUCAGUAAAUGUAUGUCUUGUUGCCAAAAAUUUGAUUCCUUCUUGUUUAAUGUCAUAAUUUGUCACCAAAAAGUCAUUGCUAAAAUAAACUAUAUAAUGGAGUUUAGACAAGUAGCACAUCUUGUGUUUUUUGUUUUGUUUUUUAUAUACCUUAUUUUAUAUGCUGAUGUUUUAUAUUUGUUUUUGGGAAGGCAAUCCCAAUAUUAGUUUUUCUUUUCCUUCUUUCUUAGUAAAAUCAUCAUAAUGAAAAUUAUAUACCAUAAUUAUUAUUAAAGAAUUAUCAGUAAUGAAGUAACUAUUUUAAAAUUUUUGUUUAGAGGAAAGAAUAUGAUUAUUAAGGAUGGAUAAUGAUACAAGGUAUUAUACAGUGUAUGCUCAAUACGGCUGAUAACAGUGUGAUGCUUUUUGGAUCAUUUAUGCUAAAAAAACAAUGUAUAAACUUUUAUUUAAUGAAAUGUUUUUCUCUUUUAGCAUUUUACAUGUAGAUUUAAACAUUAUGCUUUAUAGAUUGAUAAUGGUGGAGAAAUUUUUCCCAUUCUAAAGUGUAUAAAGGUAGGAAACUCCUGUAUAAUGUAACUUAACUGUAAACUGGAUAUAUGCUUAUACAAAGUGGUUAUGUGCAGAAAUUAGAGUAUUUUGAAUAGUAAUCACAACACUAUUCCACAAAUUCAAUCAAAUGUCAAGUUUUUUAAACUUCAGCUUCUAUGUGAAUUCUGUAAGCUUGACAAUCAGGCUUUAGAAUGGUCUUAUUAUGAACUAAAUUGUUCCUCACAUUGUUACAGGCUUAAACAUUUAUAGCGUUUCACUGUGUAAACUUAUAUAUAUGUGAGUUUAUUUUUUUUUUGUAGUUUUUUAGGAAAAUAUUACAAUUACACUUAAAUGAGUUGUUUGUACUUUACAUAUAUGGCAAACAUCUACUUGUCUCUGUGUAUAAUAUUCCAGAAUACUUCUGUGGUGCAGUAGGUAAUGUUAUCUUGAAAGAAUACAUACUGGUGAUUAGCAUCCUAAGCUCUAUUAUCAUCAUAAAAAUAUUAUUGAUUGUAAUACCUAUGAAAGUCAGUUCAAGUGCCAUCAUGUUCCUAGAAAUUAAAUGAUAGAUUACUAGAGAGAGAGAGAAUAAUGAGAGUUAGUUACUACAACUAACCAGGUGAAAUGAUGCUUAUUAAUUUUUUUAAUAACCUUAUUGAGAACCCUUUUAUUGAGUUAAAUUAAUAUUUGUUGAAAUCCUGAUGCAAUUGUUUGAUUGUCACAAUAACUUAGGCAGCAAAUGCUUUCAUUAUUUAGACGCUUUUUAACCCUUGAUGAGAAAGUUUAGUUUGCUUGUGUUCUUCUACAGCAUAUAUUCUAGAAACUAUGAAUACUGAUUAUGCUUGUGUUUUGCUUGUGCUUAUUCAAGUAACAAUUCUUUUUUAAUAGGGUUAAAAGAAACAGCACAAACUUUUAAGUCAAAUAUAGUACAAGUUACAGAAACACAUUUUAACUUGUGUAAAUAACAACUGGGACAGCUUCUCUUUUUGUUUUUAUAGAGUAGAAGCCUGAUUCCUGUAAUGUAAAGGUUAAACUGUUUCAUUGUUCUGUUUAAAUGUAAAUGGUUUAAAUACAGGACUUAGGUAGUUUUAACCAUAGUCAGUAAGCCAGGAUCUCUUGAUUAAUGGCAUUAUUAAAUGUUCUACCAAAAAAAUUUUAUAUAACAUCUCUUAAUAAUAAAUAAUGUAAGAAAACUUUAUCAUGUCCACAACUGUUUUCUUCCUGGUGAUAUAGAGAUAUAAUAAUGAAAUACACUUUGCCUUCAUUUAUCUUUACAGCUUUAUAUUCUUCUUUUACAUUGUAAUGGUGAAUGUUUUGCUUAAAUUUUUUACUGAUUUUUCUUUCUCUCUCUCUCUUCUUUUUUUUUUUUGUCUGAUUUACAACUGAACAAACAAUGCUUUGCAAAAAGAAAGUGAAAAUUCCCUGUAGAAUUUAUUGAUAAUUGUGUUUUUGAAAGGAUUUGAAUACUCAAAGGUUUUUUUUUGGCUAUCUGUUUAGUAAUCUAUUAAAUGUUCAUUUGUUAUCUUUGUUUAUUUAUAGGUGGCUAUAAUUUAGAUUGAAAUCAUAAUGUUGUGCAAGAUUUAGUAUAUAUAUAUGUUUUAAAGAUAAAAGAGUGUUUAUAGAUAGAUGUUAUAAUCAUACAUUUUCUUCAACCAGUUGGGAAAAUAUGUAAGCAUGUUUUUGUAUGGAAGAAUGCUGUAACUUACAAUCACAAAGAGAAUAUUUGUGAAUAUUCUAACUGAUUUCUUAAAAUCUCAGACUUUUAGCAGUUUUAAAAUUCAUAACAAACUCAGUACUUGAAAAUAUAUCUAGAAAUGACAAAAAUACGACUCCAGGGUAUAUAACUUUUAUUUAGACAGGCAUUUCCAUAUGCAUGUUUCAAAGGUUCUGUGUUGCUUUGACCUUAAAAAGAGGUGUUUACCAAUGACAAAAGGUCUUGUGUAAUCGUUUAUUCUGGAGUGGUAUUGGUUAUCAGUUCUAGAUGUAGAUCUUAUAAAGUAAAAUCGUAAUAAAUAAUGUAACUAGAACAGAUAAGGUAUUGAAAAUUUGUACUUUAUUGUACUAUUUGUUGAAGACACAUUUUGAAAAACAACAAAUAAAGUCCUUGAUAAAACUAA